AUGGCGGACCGUACAGAUACCCCAGAGCAGCACUCUGACGCAGAGUGCGCCGGCGAUACCGCUGAUGAUCUGUUUGUGCGUCUAUUGCAGUGCGACGACCAGUUGGCGGAUUUGCUGCGCACCGCCGCGACAGCAAUACGAGCGCUUGCAGAAGACGCGGACGGGCACCGCGACACGCGCGCCAUGAACCAAGAGGAGGAUAUGUUUGAAGCUCAAACGCAACACUGGCUCUCUACCCUAAAUGAUAUCCAACUCACGCUCCGCGAGACGGCGCAUGCACUACGCCAGGCGCGCAUCCCGCCACUAACGCAGCCCGCCGAUGCGCAUGCACGCCUAAGUGGCGAAGCUGGUGUCGCAGGGCCCGUGCAUGCACUCCACGCAGCCACCCCAUGGAGCUUCUCCUUGUUGCGUCUGCGCGAAGCAUCGUGGCGCCACGUGGCCGAAAAUGUCGCGCGUGCGGACUUGGCCACGCUCGGUACGGCGCUGGCGCGAGGCGCCCAAUUUCAGUCACGUGUAGAGUAG